AUGGAUGUGAAUAAGAACUUCUUGGUCGAUUUUAUGAUGGGUGGCGUAUCAGCAGCAGUAUCAAAGACGGCAGUCGCUCCAAUAGAAAGAGUUAAGAUGUUGAUACAAACCCAAGAUUCAAUCCCAGAUAUCAAGAGCGGAAAGGUUCCAAGAUAUUCAGGAAUACUCAACUGCUUCAUGAGAGUGUCGAAGGAACAAGGAGUAGGGUCGUUGUGGAGAGGAAAUCUGGCCAACGUAAUCAGAUACUUCCCGACCCAAGCAUUCAACUUCGCCUUUAAAGAUUACUUUAAAAGAAUGUUCCCCAAAUAUAACCAAAAGACGGAAUUCUGGAAAUUUUUUGGAGCGAACCUGGCAUCAGGAGGCCUGGCAGGAGCCAGUUCCCUGUUGAUAGUGUACCCACUGGACUUCGCAAGAACGAGACUGGCAAGCGACGUGGGAAAAGGAUCCAAGAGAGAGUUCAGCGGACUCUUGGACUGCCUGUUCAAGAUUCAGAAGAGCACAGGAGUGCUUUCUCUGUACAAAGGCUUCCUGGUAUCAGUGCAGGGAAUCAUAGUGUACAGAGGAGCAUACUUCGGAAUGUAUGAUAGCGCAAAGUCAGUAUUCUUUGGAGAAAAGGAAAAGGAAGCAAACAUAUUCUUCAAGUGGACAAUUGCGCAGUCAGUAACCAUCAUGGCCGGAUUGGCCUCGUACCCACUCGACACAGUGAGAAGAAGAAUGAUGAUGAUGUCAGGAAAGAAGGCAACAUCAGAGAUCAUGUACGCAAACAGCUUCGACUGUUUCGCAAAAAUAAUGAAAAACGAAGGAAUGGGAGGAUUCUAUAAAGGAGCAUUCGCAAACAUUUUGCGUGGCAUGGGAGGAGCAUUGGUUCUCGUAUUCUACGACGAAUUCCAAAAACUGCUCAAGUAA